AUGAAGCCCCUCAUCCUGCUGAGCCUCCUGGCCCUCCUCGCCCUUGGCCUGUGCCGCAGAGCUGCCGACCGCUCCGUCAGCGCCGAUGACUCGCCCAGCUCCGAAGCCUUCAUCUCCAAACGCGCCAGCGACGAGAUGGUGCGGAGACACAAGAGGAAUUACGUCUAUGACAGCAGCGUCCACGGUGCCGUGCGGGACCCGCUGGAGGCCAGGCGCGAGGUGUGCGAGCUCAACCCCGACUGCGAUGAGUUGGCCGACCACAUCGGCUUCCAGGAUGCGUACCGGCGCUUCUACGGCCCCGUCUGA